CCACUUUAAUGAGUUCACUAAAGAUCCUCAUAAUGUUGGAGAAUGGGACAAACAUGAAGUCUUUGAGCACUAUAUUUCUGGAAAAAACCCUGAAGGGUCCAUACCAUUGAAUGGUGUAGAUUACAUUUACUUUCCCAUGAACUGGAGAAAUAUCCAUUGGGUUGCAAUUGAGGUUGAAGUUGGCAACAAAUGGAUCAAUGUAUAUGAUCCCAAAAUUUCAAUCACCAGCAAGGAGGAUUGCAAUAAUCAUAUGAAACCGUUGAGGACUAUGUUGCCAUACAUCCUUCGUUUGGGUGGGAUUGAUGCAGGAGUCGCCCCAUGGCCUGCUCAUAGAUUGCAAGUUGUUCCUCAGCAAGAGACCGGGGGAGAUUGUGGGAUGUUCACAAUAAAAUUUAUAGAGGUAUUGAGUGCAGGAAUGCCAAUACAACUUAUUAAUCAGACAGACAUGAUGUUUUACAGGAGGAAAUUCGCAAUCGAGUCAUACGGACAACAUUUUUAACUUACUUUUGUAAAUAUUUAUUUUCAUCCUAUUAAAUUGUAUAUAACUCAGUGUAAUACAAAUAUUGGUUCGAGUA